AUGGUGAAACCUGGCCUCAUAUCCCAGCUGGAAGAGGAGGAAGAGCUCUUUCUCCUGAGCUCUGAUGAAGAGGACGGACUGGCAGGAGAGAAUAAAUAUAAAUGCCUGGAGUGUGGGAAAAGCUUCAGGAGGAGUGGAAAACUUUUCAUCCAUCAAAGAAUUCAUACUGGGGAGAAACUAUACACAUGCUUGGAGUGCGGGAAGAGCUACAGAAGGAGUGGAAAACUAGCUUCCCAUCAAAGAAUUCACACAGGGGAGAAACCAUACACAUGCAUGGAGUGCGGGAAAAGCUUCAGUCAGAAUAACAGUCUUAUUUCCCAUCAAAGAAUUCACACAGGGGAGAAACCAUAUAAAUGCCUGGACUGUGGGAAAUGCUUCCGUGAGAGUGGAAAACUUACAACUCAUCAAAGAAUUCACACAGGGGAGAAACCAUAUACAUGCCUGGAGUGUGGGAAAAGCUUUAGAUCUCGGAAUGACAGUCUUACUGUCCAUCAAAGAAUUCACAUGGAGGAGAAACCAUAUAAGUGCCUGGAGUGUGGGAAAAGCUUCAGUUUGAGUAACAGUCUUAUUUCCCAUCAAAGAAUUCACACAGGGGAGAAACCAUAUAAAUGCAUGGAGUGCGGGAAAAGCUUCAAACAGAAGGCCAAUCUUAUUUACCAUCAAAGGAGUCACACAGGGGAGAAACCAUAUAAAUGCCUGGAAUGUGGGAAAGGUUUCAGUCGAAAUUACAGUCUUACUUACCAUCAAAGAAUUCACACAGGAGAAAAACCAUAUCAAUGCCUGGAGUGUGGGGAAAGCUUCAGUUGGCAUAGGCGUCUUAUUUUCCAUCAAAGUGUUCACACAGGGGAGAAACCAUAUAAAUGCCUGGAGUGCGGGAAAAGCUUCAGUCGGAAAAGCUAUCUUACUUCCCAUCAAAGAAUUCACACAGGGGAGAAACCAUAUCAAUGUCUAGAGUGUGGGAAAAGUUUCAGUCGGAAUGACAGUCUUGCUAUCCAUCAAAGCAUUCACACAGGGGAGAAACCAUAUAAAUGCCUGGAUUGUGGGAAAAGCUUCCGUCUGAGUGCAAAACUAACAUACCAUCAAAGGAGUCACACAGGGGACAAACCAUAUAAAUGCCUGGAGUGUGGGAAAACGCUAGAUCCGGACCCAGCUGCGCCUUUGGAGGCUGGACGGGGCUCCAGGCUGCAGAUGAAGGAGAGGCGGCGGACGGAGGCAGCAGAAAAAGACACCCUUGAUGCCGCUGCCUCCUCCUCCUUCUCUUGUGCGUGA